ACGGGAAAGGGCAAUUGGAAAGCAAAAGAUAAAUGGCUGAUUUGUUUAUAGGAAUAUCGCAGUCGUCUCUUCUUCGCCUUCACACAAAGCUUGGACCAUUUCAAAGGCAGCAACUCUUUAACAACUCCGGUUACCCCAGAGUUGCAGCGCCUAGCAAUCGUCAGCUUCAUUUCAAAGGGUUGACUUUGGCUGGCGUGGUAUCUUCUGAUUCAAAAGCACCCACGGCCGUUACCAGCAACGUCGGUUCCGAAAAAGGAGGGAUCGACAUUGCACUUGACGGGGGAAACGGCGGAGGGGACAAGUUUGACGACAGAAGCGGCGGAGGCGGUGGGGAUAACAGCGGCGGAGGAGACGGUAGUGAGUGUAAAGGAGAAGGGGAGUUUCCGGAAGACGGCGGUGAGAGAAAGAUGGCUUUGUCUAUGUCCCAGAAGUUGACUCUUGGAUAUGCUGCUCUUGUUGGAGUGGGUGGUGCUAUGGGCUAUAUGAGGAGUGGCAGUCAGAAAUCGCUUGCUGCGGGAGGAUUGUCGGCAGCAGUGCUCUAUUAUGUUUAUACUCAGCUUCCCACAAAUCCAGUAUUUGCCUCAUCCAUUGGGCUUGGUAUAUCUGCUGCACUUUUGGGAGUGAUGGGUUCCCGUUUCAAGAGGUCGGGAAAAGUCUUCCCUGCCGGUGUCGUAUCGCUUGUGUCCCUUGUGAUGAUGGGGGGCUACCUACAUGGCAUCAUGAGGAGUAUGCACUAGUGUUGAGUAGUAGUCUUAUGCUCAAGCCACAUGGUGUUUUGGUACGCAGCUAUAUGUAAUGCUUCGCUAUGUCUUAACAGUUUUAGUGAACUGUUUUCUUUAGACCAUUUCUUUUGAAUUUGGAUGCCUUUUACUUCUUCAUGCCAAUAAAAAGUAGUGCAAGUGUUUUCGGCUUUGAAAA